AUGGGUCGUCUGAUCAAAAAUCACUGGGCCCGUCUCAUCAUUCUAUCCGCCGCAGGGUGGCAAGUCGGCGCCUCAAUAGAAGGCUUCUUCUGGCCCAAAGUCUUCUGGGACUUUAUAACGCACAACCUCGACGCCGCCGUCAAACCCAUCCCCAUCCUGCAAAUCAUCAAUCUGAUCCUGGGUAUCGCUGCGUUGGCAUGGGAAUGGCCUCUCAAACCACUGGCAGGCACGCUGCCGCAUCGCAGCAUCGAGUUGAGGCUUUUGGUAUAUCCAUUGAUCUCCCCCGGUCAAACGGCCUCAACCGAACAAGUACACGCCUGGUUCACCACCACCAAGUCUAACAUCGCCGGCCUUCUCACCGCGACAACAUACUCAGCACUCGACGAGCAAAAACCCGAGUAUCUAGCAGUCUACGAACUAGAAGACUAUUCAAACAUCAAUCUCUCGCGCAUUCUCCAAGAUGCCGGCACCAAAAACUUUGAUUCGGUGGAGCUGAGGCUGUACAACCUCUUCAGCGAAAAGACAUCACCCAAAUAUGCUCUUGCCAAUGAUGUCGCCGGCGAUAAUGGCGAAAGAAUCUUCCGCACUCUAGCCUUACAACCGGGCCCCGAGCUCUCAGUGCAAGACUACGACGACUGGUACGAACAAGAACACAUCCCCUUGUUAUCGAUUGUGCCAGGGUGGCUCAAGUCGACUCGCUGGGUGUUGAAAGAAGCGUCAUCAUCAUCCAACCAGCGCAACGAGGGGCAGAAAAAAGUGUCCAAUUUUCUAGCCAUCCAUGAAUGGGAGAGUUUGGCUUCGUUCAAGACGGACGAAUUCAAACAGGCGACUAAUACGCCGUGGAGGGAUCGGAUUAUUCCCAGGAUUGAUAAGACUGACGCCAGUGCAGACGUUGACAUUAAGAAUGAAUAUGACCACGACGUGGAUAGAGCGCGCAGUUUCGAAGGCCGAUUAAACCAGUUUCUUCACAAAGCCGACACAACGUCGACAAUGACAAAAACAACAACACCGGUCCUUCGACGAAGGAUAACUCGUUCGCAAUCCUCGUCCCUUUCCCCGUCUAUCAUCACACAGAGCGAAUCAAUAAAAUCGCCAUCCUCGUCGCCCAGCAAGACACCAACUCUACAAGAACAAGCCCGCUCUCCCAUCCGCAAACGCAAAUCGAAAUCCAGGGUCACCAAUCCAACCACCGCGACGACAACAACAAUAUACUCCCCUCCCUCCCGCCUCCGCGACUCCAUUACCCCAAAUCUAAUCCUUCUCCUCAUCGGUGUUAACCCCGGCCUUAUGACUGGCUCAACGGGUUACGCCUACGCACAUCCCUCAAAUCUCUUCUGGAAACUCCUCCAUUCCUCGGGGAUAACCAGCAUCCGACACCCACCCAGCGACACCUACAAACUUCCAGAACUAUACAGCGUCGGAAACACGAAUAUCGUCGAGCGUCCCACUAAAGAUGCAAGUAUGCUCUCCAAAGCGGAGAUGGACGCCGGCGUCCCCAUUCUCGAGACCAAAAUCGCAACAUCGAGACCUGAAGCGGUUGCGCUCGUGGGCAAGAGCAUAUGGGAAAGUGUAUGGAGGGCUCGGCAUGGACGAAAUAUCAAAAAGGAGGAGUUUAGGUAUGGAUGGCAAGACGAUGAGGAGAAUAUGGGGAAGUGUGAAGGGUGGAGGGGAGCGAGAGUGUUUGUGGCUACGACGACGAGUGGAUUGGCGGCUACGAUGAGUAUGCAGGAGAAGCAGGAGGUCUGGAAUGAGUUGGGGGCGUGGGUAAGACGACGAAGAGAGGAGCGUAGUUUUGCAUCUCAAUCAUAG